AGAGAAAGAUUCCAAGAUUUCAAGAUUGUUUACCAACCUUGAGUACAAAACAUGAUUGUGGAUUCCAUUAGUCAUAUAUUUUUAGCUUAAAUAAUAUAAUAGCCUUUUGAUGUCAAAAAACUUUAAUUUAACAUAUUAUUUACAAAUAUGCCCUUAAUUUUUUAAUACUUUCAUUAAGUAUAAUAAUAUUAAAUCUACGUCUAACAAAUUUAUACAUAAUAUUUUUUAAUAUUUUUUUUUAAAAAAAUAUAUGUUUUAAAAAUAAUUUAUUAAAUCUAAAUUAUUUUUUUGAUUAAAUUCUAUAUUGAUUAAUCAAAGAAUAAUGGGCAUUUACAAAUGGAAAGUUGGAUUUAGAUAAAAACUGAGCUAAAAGAAAUUGACCACCUAAUCAAUAUAACAUCGCGAAUACACCUCAAACCAGCGAGGAAGCACACCUUCCAGCUUAUGGGUGCCCUUGUACUUCAAAGAGCAAAUCCUAUUCCUGAUAGCUUUAUCAAUGCGACAAAUCAUGGUUUCCGUUGUCAACCAAACUCCCUGAUGCCUUCUCAAGUUUCUUUCUUGCCAAGUGGUAUACAUAGUAGUGUGAAAGACCAUCUUAAGCGGAAUAACAUUUGUUUCGACGCUGUCGCUUCAGAGAAGCCACCAUGAUGGACCAGUCCGGAGAAGCUGUAGAGCCGAGCAAAGUGGUUGUUAGAGUAGUCCAACGAAAAAUUGUAUGAAACUAUAUAUUUAAUGUAAUUCAAUUUUAUAUUAAAUUAUUGUUUAAAAUAACAAAAACUAUUAUUACUAAAAAAUUUGAUCAAUAACCAAAACUAAAAAUUGUAUGAAACUAUAUAUUUAAGAAAAAAAAAUUGUCAAGAGAAAUAGUAACUAUCAUAUACAUAAACAAGAUGUUAUUUUUAAAUCAAAAAGGUUUUGUCACGUUCUAAUAGUUGAUAUUAUAAUAUUUUACAAUAUAAAAUUCAACAUAGUGAACAUGUUAUACUUUUAAAAUCAAUUUUUUUUUUAUCUCAAAUAAGACUAAAUAUGUUUAUUACAAAAAUUGAAAACCAAACUAAUUUUACAUAUAUUAAAAAUGAAUAAACAUAUGUAUAUAUAUAUAUAUAUAUAUUAUUUCACUAAAAUUUUGUAUAUAUAGUCUCACACUAUAAAAGAACUUUAUUUUAUAUUAAACUAUAUUUUUUUUUCUAUCUCGUUGAUACUUCAUAUUGAUGCUGAAAACUUCAAGAGAUAUUUUUAUUUAUCAUUAGUUAGUGAGAAAUAAUCAAAAUAUAGUUAGAAUUAUUGUUAAUUGGAAAUUAUCUCAAUACAUCUUGAAUCAUUUUUAUCUAUACCAAAAUAUUACUUUUAUGAAACUUUAAAAAUAUCUUUGUUUCCUAUUAAUCAGUGGUGAAUAAUCAAAAUAUAGCUAAAAUUAUUGCUAUUGAGAAUGAUCAAAAUUAUUUAAUUUAUUAUUAAUUAAAAUAUUUCUUGAUUAUAUUAUUAAUAUAAAACACAAUGAACACAAUUUUUUAAAAAAGGAAAAUUAGUACUUUUACUAACGAAUUUUGUAUAAAAAAAUAGAAAUCACGUGAUAUAAAAGUGCCGGUAAGAGAUUUAUCUUUUUUUUUAAUAAUCGGUAGGUGAUCCGGGCCUACUAAUCCUCCCAGACCAAGCGUAGCAGUUGGUAAUACCGAGACACGACGUAAACAUGCCAUUCCAACAAGAAUCUAGGGGUACAAUGGAAUAGACUCCAAACGUUAAACCACUUUCCCAAUGCACCAUCCCAAUGUACCGUUAUCUCUUCCUUUUGUGAUAUAUGUUGGUUUACCCUUAUCUAUGUUUUCUGUUUCUUUUGUUUGAGGGUUGUAUUGAAAGUCAUCUACCUUUAUAGCUUGUGUGUUUAGAAUGUGUUCUUAUACUUAUGAUGUUCAGUUUAUAUGCUGGUUUCUACUCUUUCUUUGUUUGGAUCUAGUUUUAGGGAAUUUCAACGUAUACAUCAGUUUAGUUUAUCAAUCUUGUAAUUUAUCUUUGAUUUGUUUCUUAAGUUAAAUAAAAUUUACAGAGAAAACAGUGUCAGUAAGAAAUAUCUCGGUUACAAAAAAAUGGUAUCGGAGUUUGAAAUUCCUUGACCCACUAAAUAAAAUCCUCGUAUGCAAUGGUUCUUUAAAAGUUUCAAUUAAAAAAUGAAAGGCUGGUACUUGAAUCUAACCAUUUACCUACCUGAUAAACACCAAGGUUUGGAUCUAGAGAUGAUCUUGUCCCAUUUGUUUAUAGAAUAAACUAUAAAGAGAAUAUAAAAGCUGGAUUCAUGUGGGUCACAUCCAUCAUUUAUCGUGUUCUUCAAUUCACCAACCACAGGUUCGCAUCUUUUGUACUUUCUUUCUGAUUAAAAUCUUCCAGUACAACUUCUUUUAUAAAAAGAUAUAUUUAAAGCUUUUUAAAUUUUAUGUAUAUAUGAUGGCAUACAAAGAUUGGAUAUUAAUAUAUACAGUCUCAUAAAAUUGUUUAUCAAAAUGCGUUUAAUUUUAAUAAAAAAGACACACACAAGUCCAACUUAAAUGUUAUACUUUGUUCAAUCGACACAGAUUUCUUAACCAAUAAAUCAGGUUUUAUGUUCAUAAUAUUUUUUUUUUGAUAAAUAGGUACGGUCGGUUCCGGGAAAAACGCAUUUAUUACUACUAAAUAGACUAGUUCGAAAGCAUACCACACGGCCUGAUCAAAAUUUGAAUAUCUUUCAACUAUUGCUAGGAGGUGAAUCGAUCAUCUGUUACGAUCUACUCAUGUAAACCAGUUAAACCGAAACUCAAGCUCAAACUAAUCAAAUAGUGAUAAUUUAGUUUAUAUUGUAAAUCAAAUCAAUAACUAAUAUGAGUACACACCAAUUCCCAAGAGACUACUAUAAAACUACCACCACUUGGUUUUGUAAUAUGUUUUUGAAGCAAAAUGAGUUAAAUUAGUUCUUUAACUCUCGCCAGUACUUAGCUACGUGACUUGAAAUGUUUUUCUUCUUUUAAAGUUCUCAGUUCAUAAAUUUUAUAUCAACUUUAUAUUAUUUUCAAGUAAUUAAAUCUUUAGGUCUUAUCCUCGUCUAACCAAUAUCAGGAUAUAAUGUUUAAUGAAUUUGAAAAUGGUCAAGCAUGUGCACAUCUAUGAUCCAGUACUAAUAAUAUCAUGAAGGAUUACAAAAAUCCAUUUGGUUUAUAAGUUGUAUAUUUAGCCUAUGUGAACUAUAGACCUAACAUGUGUUGUCUCUAGACUAAUUCUGUUUUUCUUUUUUUCUUUUGCAGCAAACGACUAUUCUAUUAAUCAAACUUGAAGUGACAUUGAUAACCAGACCGGAAUAUAACAACCAAUAACACAAAGAGAUUUAUGAAAAGAACGGACAUUCCUAACUAACAAAUGAACAAUUUCAUUUUGCAUCCUUGGGAAGUAGCUGAUCCUGAAAUCCGAAAAACACAUAUGGAGAAUUUGAAUGACCUCCAGCUCAGUUGAGAAUUUGGCCAAGCUUGUGGGUUCAUUAUCAUUGCAAUCAUGUCCUUGCAAUCUGUCCUAAAUCUUUGACAGGUCGAAUGAUGUAGCAUACUCUCCAUUGUCCAUUUUAGCGCUUCCAGUUUCGAAUAUAAUGUUGUCUCACGCCUUCUUAAAUUAUGUGUCCCAUAAAUUGGAUCUUCCCCAUGCUAUCUUUCCAAACUCAUCCAAUUUCACUAAAUUGAUGUGUGGAAUAAGAUACUGAAAAUUGAAAACCAAUAUAGUGGCAAUGAUUUUUUUUUAUUUUUUUUACUGGCAACGAUUUCUGUUUUUUUUUGUUUUGGUGUUCCAGUAAACAAAAUUUACUACAUUUUUAUAUGUGUGAUCGAAACAUGGUAAGACCCAUAUACAUUUGGUAACAUAUUAUCAUUUACACGAACAUUUAAAUUACUAUGCAAAUUUGUGUUCCUGUUAUACAAUUUUACUUUAUUAUCUUAAGACUCCACAACACUAUUCGAUGUGUCACUUAUUUUUGUUAUCAUCUAUAAAAUUAUCAUAUCUAAAUAUAAGCUAGUGAAAACCAACAUAGUGGCAACGAUUUUUUUUUAGAGGCAACUAUUUUUACCAAUUUAACUAUCGUUUGUAUAUUUGAAUAAAAUUCAGGCAAACCCACUUAAAACCUCCUAAAAUACUGGCUUUUCAAAAUGUCAUGGAUAAGUUUUUCAUCUUUAUAAAUAAAGUUAGAUGCAUUUAAAUCAUAUUGUUGUCCAGUCUUUAUCACUCUAUAAGUUCUGACUAUACCAUAUGUUGAAAAUGUAAGAUCCAUAGAACAUGGGUAAUGCUUUUUUUUCCUUGGCAACAAAUGGUAAUGUUUAUCCACUAGACGCAUAACCAAAGCUGGAAAUUUUGACUAAAAUGGAAUUUUCUUGCAUCAUUACAUGAAAGCUCUUCUUGCACUAGUCUUUCAUGCAAAUUUGCCCCCAAAAGUCAUACUUCAGAAUCAUUAUCACUUUGUAACCCACCUCUUAAUUAGCACCAUCUAUCUAAACUUAUUAGUGUCAAAAUAGUGAUUGACUCUUAAAAAAGUUUCUUUGGUUAGAUAAACUUUCAAAGGUCAUUAAAUUUUAUUACAUAUUUCAUUUAUUCAUAAAAUUUAUAUGUAGUCCCAUAAUGAUAAGGGAAUAUCAAUAUUUGGUUCCCAUAUCAUUUUUAAACUAAAAUUUUCAAAUAUUAAACAGUUUCACAAAAUAAAUCAAGAUUUAGCGAAUAAUAUUUUAAAACACUGGUUUAUAUACAUAUUACGAAAUAUGAAAAUUUUCAUAAGGUAUCUCUACAGCCAACAAUUUUAUUUGUUUUAUAAAAAAAUUUACAUAUAACAUUUGAAGCUUUUAUUUACUGAACAUUCUAUAGAUUUUCUGCGCAAAUCUAUACACUAAUUAAUAAUUAAAUGCAUAUUCAGAAACUAAAAUUUUCCAAUGUAAAAAUAUUAAUAAAAUUUUAAUAAAGUCACUAGGCUUGGAGGUUGCACAGACUGGGACGUUCACACACACACGCACCAAGUCUGAAUCUGUCAUCUCUCUUUCUCAAACUGAAGAGGGACUAUUCAGUCAUUUUGAAGGCGCGUCCACACAGUUACUUACACACACACACACAAACUCUCUUUUGGCAAAUCAAAUCUGAGAGAAAGAGUUUCCGUGUUUUGUCUUUUAACCGCCCUCUCUCCCUCACAGUGAGAUUGAUCGGAAAAGAUGGUGGUUCCCGGACGGAGAACCGUCUGGGACGGAGUAAUCGAGCUGACCAAGAUGGCUCAAGAACAGUGCGUCGAUGCUCGUCUCUGGGCUUCCCAUUUAUCAGCGAGUUUAAAACCCUUCGUUGAGUUCCCGUCAACGGAGCUAGCGGAGGUUCUCGUCUCGUACAUUUGCUGGGAUAACAACCUCCCUCUUCUCUGGAAGUUCCUUGAGAGAGCUAUGUCUUUGAACCUUGUCUCUCCUCUCGUCCUUCUUGCUCUCCUCGCUCACAGUUCAUCUUUGGUUUCUUCUUGCAGAGUUGUUCCUAACCGGUCUACUCAAUCAGCGGCUUAUAGGAUUUACUUGGAGCUUCUUAAGAGAAAUAUUUUCAGGAUUAAAGAUCAUAUUACUGGACCUCACUAUGAGAAUGUCAUGGAUUCAGUAGCCAACAUUCUUCGUCUUCCAGAGUUAUUUCGUCUGGAAACAAGCAAACCUGGUGUACUUUUAGUAGAGUUUGUCUUUAAGAUGGUGUCUCUGCUGCUAGAUGCAUGCUUAAGGGAUGAAGGUUUGAUAGAGCCAAGCCAAGACUCGAGUUCCCAGUGGCUGAUCAAGUCUCAAGAUAUGGAAAUUGAUGCUCCUGAGAGAUAUAACGAAAAGAACGGAUCUCACGAGAAGUUACAGACUUUAAACACCAUCAUGGCUAUUGAGAUGGUUGCAGAGUUCCUCAGAAAUACAGUGAUCUCCAGAGUACUGUACUUGGUGUCCUCCAACAGGGCUUCAAAUUGGCAUGAGUUUGUUAGGAGAGUACAGGUGCUUGGAGAAAAUUCAAUGGCCUUAAGGAGUUCAAAGGUUCUGAGUUCUGGGGAUCUAUUGCAGUUGAUUUCGAAUAGAAGAUUUGGGUAUUCUGACGACAGCAAAGUAGUUUCAUUACGCAAAUCCAAUGCAAUUGUGGAUUUUGGAUCUCUAGCUUCUUUUGCUGGCUUAUGCCAUGGAGCAAGUCUCUCUUCACUCUGGCUUCCUCUUGAUUUGGUGUUUGAAGAUGCUAUGGAUGGAUAUCAAGUAAACCCAACUAGUGCUAUUGAAAUCAUUACUGGUCUAGCUAAAACACUUAAAGAAAUUAAUGGGAGCACUUGGCAUGACACCUUCUUGGGUCUUUGGAUAGCAGCUCUCCGACUUGUUCAAAGGGAAAGGGAUCCUAUUGAAGGACCUAUUCCUCGACUGGACACAAGGCUGUGCAUGUCAUUAUGUAUUGUACCUCUCGUGGUCGCAAAUCUUAUUGAAGAGGGAGAGAAUGAAUUUGUCAUGGAAAAGCUGCGAGAUGAUCUUAUUACAAGUUUGCAGGUCCUUGGUGAAUUCCCUGGGUUGCUGGCUCCUCCCCAGUGCGUUGUUUCUGCUGCUAACAAGGCUGCCACAAAAGUAAUCAUGUUUUUGUCAGGUGGAAAUGUUGGGAAGUCAUGUUCUGAUGUCAUAAACAUGAAGGACAUGCCUAUCAACUGCUCUGGAAACAUGCGCCAUCUGAUAGUAGAGGCUUGUAUUGCAAGAAACAUACUGGAUACAUCGGCCUACUCAUGGGCUGGCUAUGUUAAUGGUCGAAUCAACCAAAUACCUCAUAACCUUCCGAGUGAAGUACCUUGCUGGUCGUCAUUUGUGAAAGGGGCUCCUCUAAAUGCUGCAAUGGUGAAUGCAUUAGUUUCAGUUCCGGCUUCAAGCUUAGUAGAGAUCGAGAAAGUAUAUGAGGUGGCAGUCAAAGGAUCGGAUGAUGAGAAGAUAUCUGCUGCUACAGUGCUUUGUGGGGCAUCUCUCACACGGGGUUGGAACAUACAGGAACACACUGUUGAGUUUCUUACAAGAUUACUAUCCCCACCCGUUCCAGCAGAUUAUUCCGCGGCUGAAAGUCACUUGAUUGGUUAUGCCUGCAUGCUCAAUGUUGUUAUUUUUGGGAUAGGAUCUGUUGACAGCAUUCAGAUCUUCUCUUUACAUGGCAUGGUUCCGCAACUUGCUUGCUCACUAAUGCCGAUCUGUGAAGCGUUUGGAUCAUACACCCCAAGUGUAUCCUGGACUCUUCCUUCUGGAGAAGAAAUCUCAGCAUAUUCUGUUUUCUCAAAUGCUUUCACUCUUCUCUUAAAGCUCUGGAGAUUCAAUCAUCCUCCAAUUGAGCAUGGUGUAGGAGAUGUGCCCACAGUUGGAUCCCAACUCACUCCUGAACAUCUUCUUUCAGUGCGUAACUCUCAUCUCGUUUCCUCGGAGACUCUUAACAGAGACCGAAACAGGAAGAGACUUUCAGAAGUUGCAAGGUCAGCAUCUAGCCAGCCCGUGUUUGUUGACUCCUUCCCCAAGCUGAAGAUCUGGUAUAGGCAGCACCAGAGAUGCAUAGCGUCCACGUUAUCUGGACUUACACCUGGAUCUCCUGUCCACCAGACAGUUGAAGCACUUCUCAACAUGAUGUUCAGAAAGGUCAGGGGAAGUCAGACAUUAAAUCCAGUUAAUUCCGGCACAAGCAGUUCCUCGGGAGCUGCUAGUGAAGAUAUCAUUCCGAGACCUGAGUUUCCUGCUUGGGAUAUCCUCAAAGCCGUUCCAUAUGUUGUAGAUGCUGCUUUAACAGCUUGUACUCAUGGAAGGCUUUCUCCCCGUGAGUUAGCAACAGGUCUGAAAGAUUUAACAGAUUUUCUCCCGGCAUCAUUAGCAACGAUAGUAAGCUACUUCUCGGCUGAGGUGAGUAGAGGUGUUUGGAAGCCAGUAUUCAUGAACGGCAUGGAUUGGCCAAAUCCUGCUGCAAAUCUAUCCAACGUUGAGGAGUUUAUAAAGAAAAUUCUCGCAACAACAGGCGUUGACAUCCCUAGCCUUGCUCCAGGAGGGAGUUCUCCGGCAACGCUUCCUUUACCUCUAGCGGCUUUUGUAAGCCUAACUAUUACUUACAAAAUCGACAAAGCUUCAGAGCGGUUUCUCAAUCUGGCUGGUCCAGCUCUGGAGUGCUUGGCUGCAGGCUGCCCUUGGCCUUGCAUGCCCAUUGUAGCUUCCUUGUGGACCCAAAAGGCGAAACGUUGGUUUGACUUCCUUGUUUUCUCUGCUUCCCGCACCGUCUUUCUUCACAACCCAGACGCUGUGGUUCAGCUCCUCAGAAACUGCUUCAGUGCCACUCUCGGAUUAAACGCUGCACCCAUGUCAAAUGAUGGUGGUGUUGGAGCUCUUCUUGGCCAUGGGUUUGGCUCUCAUUUCUACGGAGGGAUCUCUCCUGUAGCACCAGGGAUUCUCUAUCUCCGCAUGUACCGUGCUCUCAGAGAUACCGUCUCUGUGACGGAAGAGAUUUUCUCCCUCCUGAUACAUUCCGUGGAGGAUAUUGCACAGAACAGGCUCUCAAAGGAGAAUCUGAAAAGGCUGAAGACAGUGAAGAACGGAUCAAGAUAUGGACAAAGCUCACUAGCAACGGCAAUGACUCAAGUCAAGCUUGCUGCUUCGCUUAGUGCAUCAUUGGUAUGGCUAACCGGCGGGUUAGGUGUGGUCCACCUACUCAUCAAAGAAACCAUCCCGUCUUGGUUCUUAUCGGUUGACAAGUCAGACCAAGAACAAAGACCAUCGGAUCUAGUUGCAGAGCUAAGAGGGCAUGCCCUUGCCUACUUUGUGGUCCUGUGUGGAGCAUUCGCUUGGGGCGUGGACUCAAGAUCAGCUGCAUCAAAACGCCGCCAAGGGAUCUUGGGAAGCCACUUGCAGUUCCUCGCGAAUGCCUUGGACGGUAAAAUAUCAGUGGGAUGCGAGACAGCAACUUGGCGGGCUUAUGUCUCCGGUUUGGUGAGUCUAAUGGUGAGCUGUUUGCCACGUUGGGUGGCAGAGAUAGAUGCAGAAGUGUUGAAGAGUCUGAGCAACGGACUGAGACAGUGGGGGAAAGAUGAGCUGGCGAUUUUGUUGCUAUCUAUGGGAGGCGUUGAAACAAUGGGAGAUGCAGUUGAUUUCAUCAUUCAUUUGCGUUCCUAACUUCUAAGAGUUUUGAUCUCUUCCAGGUUUCAGAUAGUUUUUUAGUUGAUUUGCUUGAUGGUAGAUGUUUUGCUUAGUGCUGCUUCCUUUUUGUGCCUUGUCCUCUAGCUGUAGCAUAGUGUGAUGAAUCUAACAAGCAUGUAUAGGGAAUGGAAAAAAGACAAAUCUUGUAAAGAAAUAAGAUUUUUUUCUGGCAAGAUUGUUGAGUCUGCAAUUUGCAUUCUGAUCUCCC